AAGGUUCCGAGUAAAACAGCUUUGGUCGCCUCCGUCUCUCGUCUUCUCCACACGGAGAGAUAUACAGACAGACAAAACCUAACGACUCUGUUCAACAGAUAUGUCGACAAGACAGAUGUCUUCUCAUGGAACUCUGUCAUCGCCGACCUCGCUCGUAGCGGCGACUCUGCUGAAGCACUUCGAGCCUUUUCCUCAAUGCGGAAGCUCUCACUCUACCCUAAUCGCUCUAUCAUCUCUGCUUGUUCUCGUGUCUCUGCCAAAGGUUUAACAGAAUCAGUUCACGGAUUUGUGAUAAAGAAGGGGUUUGAUAGAGGAGUUAGUGUUGGUAAUACUCUCUUGGAUGCUUAUGCGAAAGGUCGUGAAGGAGGUGUGGCUGUGGCGAGAAAAAUCUUUGAUCAGAUUCUGGAUAAGGAUCGUGUUUCGUAUAAUUCGAUCAUGAGUGUGUAUGCUCAGAACGGGAUGCCUAAUGAGGCUUUUGAUGUUUUCCGCAUACUGAUGGAGGAUAAAGCUGUGACCUUUAACUCCAUUACACUGUCCACUGUGAUGUUGGCUGUUUCCCAUUCAGGUGCUCUGCGUAUUGGCAAGUGUAUACAUGAUCAGGUUUUGUUAACCUAUUCUUAA